AUGGGUAAUCCAAUGAUGACUGACAAAGCUCUCAUUAACGUUACAGAGUGGUUUCUAGAGUACGUUAGAAAAUAUCUUGAGAAGCAUAUGAAAAGUUCACAUUUUAAAGAGGAUGCUAUUAAUAAAUUACUAGGUCAAGACGUCAAUGGAUAUCCUUAUGAACUCAAAUCUGGUCUUGCAGAAAGGAUCAUAGAGUUAGUUAAGAGACUCAAAGAAAAACAAGAAAUACCCUUUGUGUCUGUUAAAGUCAUAACUGUUACCGAAUUCGAAAAAUUCUGUGAAAAUAAUAAAAGGCAAUUAGAAAAGCUUAAUAAAAUGAUGAACACAGUCAUCACUGACAUCAAUCACCUUUCUUUUGAUAUUAAUACAACUAAAGAAGAUAUUAAGUGA